GCUCCGCGUGCAAUUGCGGGGAAGGGAAGGCGCGCGGCUGUCUUGAGAGAGAUCACUCAUCUCAGCCUCCAACAUCUCCCCUCUUCCCGUGUGUGUGUGCGUGCGUGUGUGUGCGCGUGUGGGGUGCGUGAGUGCCGUGGGUCUCCGUGUCAGCCCAGACUGCCUCCGCCCCCGUCUGCGUGCGCGUGUUUGUAGGAGGGGAGUGCGUGCGUGCGUGCGAAGCUCAUAGCAGCAGCGGUGGCGACGGAGGUAGCUACCCGUUCAGAGUGUUGUCGUUGUUAUUGUUCCUGUUUUUGUUGUUGUUGUUCCAAAGCUCACUUGGAUAGACAUACUUUGCUGGCCUUUAUGGAGCGGUGCGAGAGAUCUUUUAAGGCUGUGAUGAAACUGGUUUCUUUGUGAGUGCGGUUCGUCCGUCCGUCUAUACGUGCGUGUGUGUGCGUAUACACUUGCACACACACACUUGUGUGUGUGCGUAUACACUCGCACGCACACGUACCCACGUGUACACUUGCACACGCACGCACGUGUGUGCGUUGUUUCUUUCCUGGCACGCGCUGUGCCCAUCCAUCGAUGGAGUGCCACGUGAAAAAGACCAAAGACACGACGACUGGCCCCCCCACGGUGACCGCCAGCCCUGGGGAAGGAGCCACUUACGCCAUCACGUGCGGGGAAUGGAACGCGCGGCUCAUCUGGUGCAAGUUCGUGUGCCCCGGCAUCAACGUGAAAUGCGUUCAGGUUAAGGAGGAGCUCAUCACCCCCAAGGAGUUCGUGUGUCUGGCCGGGCGCGCGAGCCUCAAGGACUGGAAGAGGGCCAUCCGCCUCGGAGGGGUCAUGCUCAGGAAGGUGAUGGAUGCCGGACGGCUGGACUUCUACCAGCACGACACCGCCUGCUCCUCCAGCUGCCGCAGCACCAAGCACGAGCCCCGUGGCCUGGGCGGCCCCGGGGGGGGCGCCGCCACCGCUGCCGCCGCCGCGUCCCUGUGGCCCGGUGGAGGGCGGCCCUCCGGCUGGCCGGGCAGCUUCUUGAAGGGCGACCGCCGCUACGUCGUGAGCGGCUGCGGGCAGCACCAGCGCAGGGGCGUCAUCAAGCAGCGCGCGAGCAAAGCGGGCGAGGACGCUACAGCCCUCAACGUCGGUGGCCACAAGCAGCAACAGCAGCAGCAGCAGCAACAGCAGCUGCAGCAGCUGCAGCAGCUGCAGCAGCAGCAUCAGGAGCAGCAGCAGGCGGGUGCGGCGCAGCGGCUGGCGUACAGCAACGGGCACGGCAGCCUGAGCGACGCCGUGAAGCGCGAGUGGUCGGAGGAGAGCAGGCGAGCGAACGCGAUGGGCGAGGGAGCGGGCCGGGCGGCCGGGCGGCCGGGGCACGACGGCUCGCUGAGGGCGAGGGAGGCCGUCAAACGGAGCGGGGAGGCCUUGGUGGGUGGUGGCGGCAACAAAAGGGGACGCUUCGGCGUGGGUACGGCGACGGCCGCGGCCGCGAUGAUGAACGGGCAAGCGGCGGGGAUGCACGCCGGGGAGGAGCGGGCACAGAAGCUCACGAUGGCCACCAGAGCGGACCGGGCCGACCAGAGCUGCUCCCCCGAAUCCGAACAGGACAGCGACUUGCCAGACCACGUGCUGCGGUUCUGGCGAGGCGUGGCGAGGGCCGGGCUGCUCGGCGAGGUGGUGGGCGCCGUCCAGAGGGAGCUGCAGGCCCGGCUCACCGGACUGUGCCGACUCGCUCAGACACCCGCCCUGCAGAUGGCUGACGCCGCCCUCCUGCACGGCACGGUCCAGAGCCUCGGCCUCUCGGGCCAGGUGGACCGGAUGCUGGCGAUCAACACGCACGGGGCGACCACGGCUCGCCGCGCGGACGUCACGACGCACGGACACGGCGCGGCCGACGGUGUGACGUCGUGCGAGAAGCUGGAGGGGGCGGUGGCCGACACCAACGCCGCCGCGUCGGCAACCGCCGGGCGGCACGGAGCGGCAGCGAACGCGGCGCUCGCGACGCGACUCUUCACUCAGCCAGUGUGACUCCCCCACCACUCCCAUCACUCUGUGAUCCACCGACCCUCCGCCGCCGGGUGGCACGGAGCGGCAGCGAACACGGCGCUCGCGACGCGACUCUUCACUCGGCCAGUGUGACUCCCCCACCACUCCCAACCAUCAAUCCGUGCUCCACCAACGUUGGUGAAUCGUGAACCCCACACAACAGGGCGUCUCGCUCGCGUUCGCUCGCCCACUGACCCAUCCACCUAUCGGCUCCUCCAGCUGCCUCCACCAGUCCAGCUGUCAGAGCACGGGACGAGCAUCUGACUCCACAAUGAGUAAAAGCAAAAACAGUCGAAGUGGUUUGCUGAUUAAAUUAGAAGCGGAUAUAACGAUUCACGGAUCUUUACGCUCACAAUACUGGCAUCAAAUAGCGUGGGUAAUAAGCGAUUUUUUUCCAAUUCAUCAUACACGUUCAUUGUGUCCAUCAGGAUCAGAAUCUUUAUUUAUCCUGGAGGAAUCCGAUGAGCUAUGAAGCUAUUUUUCACAUGUCCAGUCUAUUCCGCGACAGAGGAAAUAGAUUCACGCACCUUCACAUUUACACUGUGAACUCGAAUCGCGUCGUGAUCCUGAAUCGGAACAAUCAAUUUCAUUGUGGAAAGGGUUUAUCGCUACAUCCGUAUCAUCUCCCCUUCACAACACUGCGGCAGUUGCGGAAAUUCCACCCUCCUAUGGCAGGCACUCGGUGGACCUUUACGACAACCGCUUUGCGACGGCUCACAUAGUCGCACUUCGUUCGCUCACCUUGGUCGGUCGCAUCGGACCGAGUUCAUCUCCAACCAAGAUUGUGAGUUGCGCGCUCUAAACCACCAUGGGAGGAGCCGCGUGAGCCAGAACGGGUGAGAGAGUGCACGCCCCUGGGGGAAUUAACCUGGGUUCGCAUUCCGGGUUUGCCAGCCCAGGUUGAACUUGUUUUGCCGAACUCGAGUGUAUGGCCUCAGCUGCGCCGUGGGACUCUUUUCUUGAGUGUGAAUAUAUUUUUUGGUUUUUAAACAAUCUCAAAUGUAGUCUAACCCCAGCUCUGAGAGCUACGUUUGUAAAACACGUAUGUACAUAGCGAGACGGAGCGUUCGAAAAACCCCCUCGAAUCUUUCGUGGAUAGCGGUUGUGCGAUGGCGGUGUAGAGAUGUCCGCAAGAGAUGUUACCGGGAGUGUGGGAGAGUGUGCGCGCGCGUGUUCACGUGCGUGCGUGCGUGUCUACGUGCAUGUAGACUGGUACAAAUACACUGUGUACAAAAUGACAAAAUAUAUAUACGUAUUUACUUUGGCGCACGUAUCCUCUCAAAAGAACGCCCCUCUUUUCAAGAUAUGCAAUUUACCUGUUGACCAAACCGCUGCAGCGCAAUAAUCGCCCUUAACGCACCUGUCGGAAGGACAUGAGGUGGGGCGAGGCAAUGGGAAGUGUCAAGAGGAGAAUGGGCAAGACAGAGCUACAUCCGUGCUGAUAAUUGCUUUUUUACCCGUUUAUCUGGCAACAAAACUGACACCUUUUUUACAAGGAGUCAUGUUUGCAUUGACCACAAUACCUGCGGUCGGAAUGCAAACAAAAAACAGAACUCUGAUAAUGUAUGCACUGUCUUUGAUUGGUCCACACCAGAGACAGCUUUUCUUAGAGCCUAGUCUCACGUGGUGUUGGACCAGAUGAAAGCACAUCCGUGCUUUCACUUGAUUUGGCGUCAUCCACCUGCGAAACGCUGCAAAGUCGGUUUGCCGUGCCGCGGACGCCAAUUGCAGGACAUACGUAAGGUGCGCUAGCAGGCCUCUGUGUCGAGGCCCUUCUCAACACUAUGAGGGUUCUAAACGAGAAUGGUUGCCUCGUGAUGUGAUUCCAGUAACACGAGGGAAAGCUCAAUAGACAUUAAACAAAUCAUAUUGGAUGUUCUUUGUGUAAGGGUUCCGCAGAAAUCACGCCCAGGUAUGAGUCAAUUCGUGCCGAAUAAGCGUGACAAUGCAGUGAUUCGUGGAUCGUUAUGGAUUCUUAUGCUCGCAUUAAUUCGUCAACUCUGUGCUCGCGAGACCUGAACAUUUACAAUGAAUUCAAAUCGUAUGCCAAUGUCACGCUUGAGCCUAUGGGCCCGACCAAGCGCCGUUAAAAAUGGGUAACAAAGGGAGAAACGUUACAAAGGAGGCAGUAAAAGUAAGAAAACAAUAUAUCACAUCGUUGAAUUGCAUCGUGAUCCCGCAUCAUUUACAGUCACUUUGCUUCGGGAAGUCACCUGUUACACGCCUAGUGAUAGAUCGUAAUUAUGUUGAAUAACUCUUCUUGGUUCUUUCGGUAAAGUCACGUAGAAGGGAAAUAAUAAAAUAAUAAAAAUAAAACAUAAUAAAAUAAUUCUCACGACGU